UCCACCCCAGUGAACCUCCUCAAAACCCCAACUUCCAAAACCCUCGAGAAACCUCUCUCUCUUGUUCUGGGUUCGCAAGCCCUAAAACCCUAAUCGAUUUGAACAUGGAAGACUACACUCUCGUGGUUCGGAAGCCCUGCUUUGGCCUCCCUACUGCUUGCCCUUCAUGCCUCCCUGUCUUCUUCUACCUCAAAUUCGCCAACCUCCCUUUUCAAUUGGACUACAAUCUCACCUACCCUGAUUCUGAUAAGAUUCCCUAUGUGGAAUUGGGUGAGGACUACGUGGCGUAUAAUAAUGAGAAGAGCGGUGUCAUUGAGAGACUGAAAGAAGAUGGCAUUGCGGAUUUGGACAGUGAAUUUGAGGGGGUCUCGGAAUGGAUAUCGAUGAAGGCAAUGGUUAACUCUUGGCUUGGUGAUGCGCUCAAGUACGAGCUCUGGGUGGGAACCGAUGGAGCUGCUGCACAAAGUAUAUAUAGCUCGAAUCUACCGUGGCCUAUAGGGAAAGUUUUGUUCUUGAAGCAAGUUUACAAUGUAAAGCAGCAAUUUGGGAUUACUAGCGACAAUGCUGAUGAAAUCGAACACCAGAUAUACAAGAGAGCCAGCAUGGUGUUUGGAGCUCUGUCUAGUAGACUGGCGGAUCAGAUGUUUCUGUAUGAAAACAGGCCAUCGAGUUUGGAUGCUGUCUUUCUGAGCCAGGCGCUCAUUACUCUUCAAGCAUUACCAGAAACAUCAAUUCUGCGAAGCAAGUUCUUAGAACAUGAGAACCUUGUUGGGUAUGCCAGUAGGAUAAAGAUGGAGUUAAUUGAUGCAGGAACAUCAUCUUCCGUCCCAAACUUCCAUGCAAACCCUUCAUCAUCGGCUCCGAGAGGAGGUCCUUCAAACUGGCGUUCUAGACCCAAGACCAAACCCAAAAGGGAAAAAACAAAGGAGGAGAAAGAUUUUAAGAGAAGGGCCAAAUAUUUUUUGGCAGCGCAGCUGGUUUCAGUUGUAGUUUUUGUCACUCUCAUGAGUCAAGUUGAUGGACUUGAAGAUGAGCUUGAUUAUGAUGCUGAAGGCUUCGAUCUCGAUGAAUAGAAACAAGGUUUUUAUCAUCCUUUUGUCUGAUUUGUAAUCUCUACACCAGCAUUUUUGCCCAAUAGCAUGAUGUUUGAUGAGGAUAAGUUCCCCUAUAAUCCUUUUCUUUCAUUUUUGUAGUUUGGUGAGGUUAGAAAUUGGGAAAAUAAACACCAUUUACAGUGUAUGAUUUAUUGAGAACAUUCAAGUUAGAAACCUAGAAAUGAGGGUUGAAAGAUAUACAUUUCAUUUGAUAUAACAUAACAUUAUAUCUUUCAUAGCAAGCUUACACUCUGGUGUAAAUUUUGUUCAAUGUGAAUAUGAUUCAAAUAUGAUGAA